UCAAAAUAAUUAAAAAUUUUGAUUCAUCGACUUUGUUUAAUUAUUUCUCCUAAAUUCAUACAAGAGAAAGCAGAGGGAGGUGGCUAAAUCGACCCUAAAUCUUUGCCUCUCUGUCUUUUCUUCUUUCCGGUCAAUAAAAAUAUAUAUUUUCCGAUGGGUAAAGGCCUAAGCACCGACGCCGCCACCGCCACAACUACCGCCACCGCCACCGACGCCGGCAAGGUUGAAAUGGAGGAUUUUCCCGAUUCUUUUCUCUGCUCCAUUUGUCUGGACCUUCUAUUCAAACCCAUAGUUCUCUCUUGUGGUCAUAUAUCAUGUUUUUGGUGUGUCCAUAAAUCAAUGAGUGGCCUAGGGGAGUCCAAUUGCCCAAUUUGCCGGCAUACUUAUAAUUACUUUCCGAACAUCUGCGAGAUGCUUCACGCCUUGCUCUUGAAACUCUAUCCGGUUGCCUAUAGGAGGAGAGAAGAGCAAACCCUAUUGGAAGAAAAAGAAAUGGGCUCUUUUUCCCCACAGCUUGACAACAUUACCUAUGGAUCGCCUGACAAUAGAGAAUGUGAUCCCUGUGAUCAUGUAUGUUCCUCAACAACUGUUUUAGAGUCUAACUCAUACUCAGAGCCUUGUUUUACAAAGGAACAAGAAUGUAACGGAAAUUGCAAGCAACUGUCAAUUUCUGACGCACAGUGUAAUGCAUGCAAGCAACUACUUUUUCGUCCAGUUUUCCUUAACUGUGGCCAUGGGUAUUGUGAGAGUUGCAUAUCAUGUAAUGAUGGGAUGCUUCGAUGCCAAGUUUGUCAUUCUUUGCACCCUACUGACUUCCCAAAAGUAAGUUUGGAGCUUGAUCAUUUUCUAGAGGAACAGUUCUCUAGAGACUAUGCCAUGAGAAGAGAUGGUGUUCAGCUUUCAAACAUAAAGAUGGAGAACCCUACUAGCUUUUCUGCAAUAGCAAGUAAGAAAGGUUUCUCGGUGGUUCAUUCAAAGCUGAAUGGAGAACUUUCUCGGUCAAAGAUUCAUAUUGGAGUUGGUUGUGACUUUUGUGGGAUGUAUCCCGUAACCGGGGAUAGAUAUCGUUGUAAAGAUUGCGUUGAGGAAAUUGGUUUUGACCUUUGUGAAGACUGUUAUAAUACUCGUUCUAAGCGUCCUGGCAGAUUUAAUCAGAAGCAUACCCCCGAACACAAGUUUGAGCGUAUAAAUUCUAACAACAUUCGCAGAAUAAUUUGGGGGUUGUUGAAUGAGCAGUUUGAGGAUGUCUCUGAUGCACUUGCCACCUCUGAUGACAUUUCUGAUGUUGCAGAGAAUGGACUCCCUGCCUCACAUACAUCAGCUGAUGCUGAAGAGGAAAUUGGAGACACUGCUGUGGCUGCUCCUGAUAUUAACCCAGAGAGCUCAAACGAUCAAAAUGAGACCCAAUCCACCACUUAAACCUUUAGUAUUUUUUAAUGAAUUUAAGGUUUGGGAUUAUUGGCAAUGGCCUUAGGCAACGGAAUGGCGGGAAAAAGAGGCCAACGCAGCUGUUUUAUAACCAUCAUGUGAAUAGUUUCGAUAUGAAGUUGAGCUGAGUCUAGAAGUUCUGUUCGGCGGGGGUGUUAGAAAAUUACGAGGACCUUUCUCUAUCACGAGAUGCCAGGGUUUUUUAUUCUCUAAAAAAUUUGAAGUCACUCUACUUUCAGAUAUGUAUCAUCUUCUGAUUUGUGUUGUAUGCAACUGGUAAGGAGUGAAAUGCUCUGUUGUACGUUACAAAACAUCUUUCUUUUCCACGGUUAUUCAUAUUGUACUCUUUUUACA